AUGGACUCACUCGGCUCGUGGCUGGCGUGCGAAUACUACUGGCCUGACAAUCGUCAAUACGUCGUUUUCGAGCAACGCCAGACUACGACACACUCGCAAGAGUAUCUCUCUGAUGAACAAGAAGGGUUGGAGGCCCUCGAGCAUCUGGACCCCAUCCGUGAAGCUUCCGUCCAAGUACGCCGCCACUUCGAAACGAUUGAGCGCGAAGCCGCGGAAGCAAUCCGGAACGACCUGCGCGCCGAAGCAGAGUGUCCGGUGGCCGAAGUGUUGCACGAGCGCCAGGAACUUCGCGCAUCAGGGACUGAUAUGUCGGCACGGGGAAAUCAAGACUUAGAGGACGUGCCGCUCGACCAGCUAUUCGCGGAGGUGGAGCGCCUGAGACGAUACAGAGAUGCGUUGUUGACCCAAUUGAGUUCUCUGAGAGCCACACUCGGACAUGCGAGACAUUCGGCUGUCGAAGCCAACGUUCUCUCCCCGGGCGCUUCGCUGCAAGCCGUCGAAGAGGCAGGCAAUCAACAGGAAGCCGUAACGGUGUAUCCAGUCUGGACUACGGACUUGCCAGACUUGACGCGGACAUCGUCUGCUUCCGACCAAUCUGUUCCAACGCCGAGGACGCCCGUACGUCCGGCAAGUCCCAGCUCCGUUGAGACUCAGAUUCACCAUCCGUCACCCGUACGCCCAGCGAGUCCCAGCUCCAUUGAAACCCAAAUCCACCAUCCGUCACCCGUACGCCCCGCAACUCUCAGCUCAAUAGAGACUCAAGUCCACGAGGAAACACCACGACCGUCUCCCCCGGAGCGACCAGCGGCCCCAGUCGUGCUCCCACAUGCCCAUCCUCUGCCGCGGACUCGCCGUCGACCAGGUGCGGAGGAAGAGCAAGCCGCCGCGGCGGCUGAGUACAAAAAGGAGUACAAAAAGGCCUGGGCGGCGCUGCAGCAGACGCGCCGGGAGCUUCAGGAGAUGGAGCGCAUGGCAGACUCCAUUCGGCGGCUGCAGAGUCGCCUCCCUGGGCCGAGCGGUUCCAUGCCAACACUACCUGAGGACGAAAAUACUCUACCGCUACUUGUGCCGCCGCCGCUCAAUGUAGCAGGGCCUCAUCAGAGUGGGUAUGCUGAGGAUACAAUAGAAAAUCCUGACCCAGCGCACCAGGGUCUGGUGAGGUUGCCUUACCGCCCUGCACUGUCUCGCCUUCCUGAGGACCGUGUUCCCCUACCGACCAUCCUUCCGCCGCGAAAUCUAGAUGCCCUGCUCGCGUACCGGGGGAUGCUGAUGCAGCAGGCCGCCGACGCACACCGGCUUACACAGCAGAGGGCGACGGAGCAGGCUGUUGUCACGCAUCAGCUUAAGCGCCAGAUGGAGCUCCAGUCUGCAGAUGCUGCACAACAACCUGCGACCCGGCCAGCCGCCACCGCGGAGGAGAUCGCAGCGUUCCAGCGAGGAGUCGAACACGAAUGGGCACAUCGGGUUGCUCUCGACCUGCAUGAAGCGUACGCACGGCAGGUAGGGCACGCCCAAGCAGCGGAGGAACUAUGGUAUCGAGAAGCCCGCACCCACCUCACUCUCCAGCGCGGCACUCUCCCCGGCACAGCCGAGUGGUGGGUCCACGCUGCGCACGAGUCCAUACGUGUUGCAUCCUUCGCCUGGACGCGAGCGGGCGUGCUCGAGAUGUAUCGCUGGCAAGCCGCGCCGCCGGAGUCUGUGCGACAUAUUUUCACUGUGUCCGUUCAUGAGUGGCUGUCGUUUGGCCUCGAUUUGCGGCGGCUGGACACUCUGGUGGCAUUCGAGAUUGAGGCUGCGAUAGACCGCGGGUAUAUUUCGGAGGAGUUUGCUGAGGAGUGCUGGGGUCAGUGGGUGGGGAGCGGGGAGGAGAGGAUGGAGACGGGGAUGGGUCCCCUUGAUGGGGAUUCUGAUGAUGGCUGUUGA